CAACAGUCCUAGUAGGGACUCUGAGAGCCUCUGGCUGCAAGGGACCAGUGAAGGGUCCCUCAGAGCCAGGGCUGCCAGGGUGCCUACCGUGCCCGGGACACUGCCUUUACUGGGCUUGGGACUGAGCAGCUUCAGAGGUGUGGCAGCCCCUGCAAGCCAGCGACACUCUCCAGCCUCCUGAAUGAUGGCUGCCCAGUGCGCCCCGAGCACGUCUGUUCUGACUCUCCUGGUGUUGCUCGGCUCGGCCGGAGCAGGCCCUUUCUCUGCUCGCUCCAAUGGGACGCUGCCGGCCCCGCGGCCCCCUCCGCAGCCCGGGGGCCCUUCUUCUCAGCUGUACGAGCACACUGUGGAAGGAGGAGAGAAGCAAGUGGUGUUCACUCACCGCAUUAACCUGCCCCCGUCAGCCGGCUGCGGCUGCCCCCCGGGCUCUGAGCCUCCCGUGCCUGCUUCGGAGGUGCAGGCCCUGAAGGUCCGGCUGGAGAUCCUGGAGGAGCUGGUCAAAGGGCUCAAGGAGCACUGCUCAGGAGGAGGGUGCUGUCCCUCAGCUGCCCAGGCUGGCACAGGCCAGACGGACGUGCGCAGCCUCUGCAGCCGCCAUGGGGUCUUUGACCUGAGCCGCUGCGCCUGCUCCUGCGAGCCCGGCUGGGGAGGCCCCACCUGCUCGGACCCCACGGACGCGAAGACGCCCACCUCGACCCCGCCCUCCGCCUCCAGGCCCUGUCCUGACGACUGCAACGACCAGGGCCGCUGCGUCCGGGGCCGCUGCGUGUGCUUCCCCGGCUACAGCGGCCCGAGCUGCGCCUGGCCCUCCUGCCCCGGGGACUGCCAGGGGCGCGGGCGCUGCGUGCAGGGCGCCUGCGUGUGCCGCGCCGGCUUCUCGGGCCCCGACUGCAGCCAGCGCUCCUGCCCCCGGGACUGCAGCCGGAGGGGCCGCUGCGUGGACGGCCGCUGCGAGUGCGACCCCGGCUACUCCGGGGAGGACUGCAGCCAGCGCUCCUGCCCCCGGGACUGCAGCCGGAGGGGCCGCUGCGUGGACGGCCGCUGCGAGUGCGACCCGGGCUACAGCGGGGAGGACUGCGGGGCGCGCAGCUGCCCUCGGGACUGCGGCGACGGAGGGCGCUGCGUGGACGGCCGCUGCGUGUGCUGGCCCGGCUACUCGGGCGAGGCGUGCAGCACGCGGAGCUGCCCCCGGGACUGCCGGGGCCGCGGGCGCUGCGAGGACGGGGAGUGCAUCUGUGACCCCGGCUACUCCGGGGAGGACUGCGGCGUGCGCGCCUGCCCCGGGGACUGCAGCCAGCGCGGCCGCUGCGAGGACGGGCGCUGCGUGUGCUGGCCCGGGUACACCGGGGCGGACUGCGGCGCGCGGAGCUGCCCCCGGGACUGCCGGGGCCGCGGGCGCUGCGAGGACGGCGUGUGCGUGUGCCAGGCGGGCUACGCGGGCGAGGACUGCGGCGUGCGCGCCUGCCCCGGGGACUGCAGCCAGCGCGGCCGCUGCGAGAACGGGCGCUGCGUGUGCUGGCCCGGGUACACGGGCCGGGACUGCGGCGCGCGCGCCUGCCCCGGGGACUGCCGCGGGCGCGGCCGCUGCGUGGACGGCCGCUGCGUGUGCGACCCGGCCUUCGCCGGCGAGGACUGCGGGAGCCGCCGCUGCCCCGGGGACUGCCGCGGGCGCGGGCGCUGCGAGGACGGCGUGUGCGUGUGCCACGCGGGCUACGCGGGCGAGGACUGCGGGAGCCGCCGCUGCCCCGGGGACUGCCGCGGCCGCGGGCGCUGCCUGGACGGCGUGUGCGCGUGUGACGAAGGCUACGCGGGCGAGGACUGCGGCCUGAGGCGGUGCCCGCGCGACUGCAGCCUGCACGGCGCGUGCCAGGACGGCGUGUGCGUGUGCCACGCGGGCUACACGGGCGAGGACUGCGGCGCGCGCGCCUGCCCGGCCGACUGCCACGGGCGGGGCCGCUGCGUGGACGGCCGCUGCGCGUGCGACCCCGGCUACACCGGGCCGGCCUGUGCCACCCGCGCCUGCCCCGCCGACUGCCGCGGCCGCGGGCGCUGUGUGCACGGAGCGUGCGUGUGCCACGCGGGCUACGGCGGCGAGGACUGCGGGCGGGAGGAGCCUCCCGCCAGCGCCUGCCCCGGGGGCUGCGGGCCGCGCGAGCUGUGCCGCGCCGGCCAGUGCGUGUGUGUCGAGGGCUUCCGAGGCCCGGACUGUGCCAUCCAGGUGUGCCCGGGCGACUGCCGCGGCAGGGGAGAGUGUGUCGCGGGCAGAUGCGUCUGCCAGGACGGCUACGCGGGGGACGACUGCGGGGAAGAGGUGCCAGCCGUCCAGAACAUGAGGAUGCACCUCCUGGAGGAGACCACGGUCCGCACCGAGUGGACCCGGACCCCCGGUCCUGUGGACGCCUACGAAAUCCAGUUUCUCCCCAUGCCCGAGGGGUCGAGUCCGCCCUUCACGGCUCGGGUGCCCAGCUCUGCCUCGGCCUAUGACCAGAGAGGCCUGGCGCCUGGUCAGGACUACCAGGUCACUGUCCGAGCCCUGCGAGGGACCAGCUGGGGUCCUCCUGCCUCAAAGACCAUCACCACCAUGAUCGACGGUCCUCAGGACCUCCGGGUGGUAGCCGUGACCCCAACCACGCUGGACCUCAGCUGGCUGCGCCCGCAGGCCGAGGUGGACAGAUUCGUCGUGUCCUAUGUCAGUGCGGGUAACCAGAGGGUGCGGCUGGAAGUCCCCCCCGAGGCGGACAGGACUCAGCUGACCGACCUGAUGCCGGGCGUGGAGUACGUGGUGACGGUCACCGCAGAGAGGGGCCGAGCAGUCAGCUACCCCGCCUCCGUCAGGGCCAACACAGCACCAGGCCACUACGGUUACCCGGAGGUGCGCCCCCCCGCCCCGCCCCCUAGCCCCCGCCCCCGCCCUCCGCGGCCCUUCCCGCCCUUGCGGCCCCCAGAGGUGGGCGAGAAGGAGCGGCAGCCCCGGCCGAGCCUGCCCCAGCCUCCCCGACGGCCCUGGGGGAACCUGACCGCUGAGCUGGGCCGCUUCCGGGGCACGGUGCAGGACCUGGAGCGUCACCUGCGCGCCCACGGCUACCCGCUGCGCGUCAACCAGACUUACGCGUCGGUGGCGCGCCACAUCCACGAGUUCCUGAAGCGCCACCAGACGGCGGGGGCCCCCGCCUCCCAGCCCCGUCGCCCCCACCCCACCGCUAGGCCCACCCAGGGCACCAGGAAACGGGACUCGGACCAGGCUUCCGACGGCGCGCACCCGGAGACUGCGGCGCGCCACCCGAAGCCCGAGGUGCUGGGCAGUGCUGCCGACGGCUCUCUGAUUGUGUCCCUCGACGGGCUCCGGGGUCAGUUCGAGCGUGUGGUGCUGCGGUGGCGGCCACUGCCGCCGGCCACGGGCCCCAGCGGGGAGCUGUCCGUGGAUGGCUCCGAACGCACCGUCCGCUUGCCCAACCUCACGCCAGGCACCACUUACCACGUGGAGGUCCACGGGGUGCGGUCAGGGCAGACUUCCAAGUCCUACGCCUUCAUCACCACCACAGGGUCCUUACCCUCUGGCCUCUUGCAGGCCACUGACGAGCCUCCUCCCUCGGGCCCCUCCACGACCCAAGGGGCCCAGGCUCCUAUCCUGAUCCUGGAGCACCACCCGCUGGGAGAGCUGAGGGUGCUGGGCAGAGACAAGGCAGGGUGCCUCCGUGUGGCCUGGACUGCCCAGCCCGACACCUUCGCCCACUUCCAGCUGCGCAUGCAGGUGGCUGAGGGGCCGUGGGCGCACGAAGAGCUUCUGCCAGGAGACGUCCACCAGGCUCUGGUGCCCCCGCCCCCUCCCGGGGCCCCCUACACGCUGUUUCUCCAAGGGAUCACCCCCGGGGGCAGGCCCUCUGUUCCCAUCACCUACCAAGGCAUUAUGGACAGGAGUGAGGAGCAGCCUGGGCAUCCGCCCGUCGUGCCUCGCCUGGGGGAGCUGACAGUGACGGGCUUGGCCCCCGACUCCCUGCUCCUGCACUGGACGGUCCCAGAGGGGGAGUUCGACUCCUUCCUGAUCCAGUACAAGGACAAGGACGGGCCCCGGGUGAUGCCCGUGGAGGGGCCGCAGCGCUCGGCACCUGUCACGUCCUUGGAACCAGGGCGCAAGUACAAAUUCGUCCUGUACGGGCUCCUUGGCAAGAAGAGGCAUGGCCCCCUGGUAGCUGAAGCCAAGAUCUUGCCUCAGGCCGAGCCCAGCCCAGGACCCCCUCCCCGCCUGGGGGAGCUGUGGGUAACAGACCCCACCCCACACUCGCUGCGCCUCUCCUGGACUGUGGCCGGGGGCCAGUUUGACUCCUUCGUGGUCCAGUACAGAGACAAGGAGGGCCGGCCCCGUGUGGUUCCCGUGGAGGGGCCUGAGCGCUCCGUGGACGUCUCCCCGCUGGACCCCGGCCACAGCUACAGGUUCACGCUGUUUGGGAUUGCCAAUAGGAAGCGGUACGGGCCCCUUACUGCUGAUGGCACCACUGCCCCACAGAGGGAAGAGGAGCCCCCGGAGCCGCCCCGCCUGGGGGAGCUGACCGUGACAGGCGUGACCCCAGACUCCCUGCGCCUGUCCUGGACUGUGGCCCGCGGCCCCUUCGACUCCUUUGUGAUCCAGUACAAGGACGCCCGGGGACAGCCCCAGACGGUGCCCGUCGAGGGGGAUGAGAAUGAGGUCACUGUCCCCAGCCUGGAGUCCAACAGGAAGUAUAAGAUGAACCUCUUUGGGCUUCGUGGCAGGCAGCGUGUGGGGCCCGUGUCUGUGGUGGCCAAAACGGCCCCACCAGAUGCUGUGGACCAGCCCCCCAGCCCCACAGAGCCCAGCACCGAGGCCCCAGAGCCCCCCGAGAAGCCGCGCCUGGGAGAGCUGACCGUGACGGGCGCCACCCCAGACUCCCUGGGCCUCUCCUGGACCGUCCCCCAGGGACAGUUUGACCACUUCCUGAUCCAGUACAGGAACGGGGACGGGCAGCCCAAGGUGGUGCGGGUGCCAGGGCACGAGGACCAGGUGACCAUCCCCGGCCUGGAGCCAGACCACAAGUACAAGCUGAACCUGUAUGGCAUCCACAGUGGCCAGCGUGUGGGCCCCGUGUCCGCUGUCGGGGUGACGGCUGCAGAGGAAGAGGCCCCCAGCCCCACAGAGCCCAGCACCGAGGCCCCAGAGCCCCCCGAGGAGCCGCUCCUGGGAGAGCUGACCGUGACGGGCUCCUCCCCACGCUCCCUGAGCCUCUCCUGGACCGUCCCCCAGGGACACUUUGACUCCUUCACUGUCCAGUACAAGGACAGGGAUGGGCGGCCCCAGGUGGUGCGUGUCGGGGGCCGGGAGAGGGAGACGACCGUGACAGAGCUGGAGCCUGGACGCAAGUACAAGAUGAACCUGUACGGGCUCCACGGGGGUCAGCGCUCGGGCCCCGUGUCCACCGUGGGCGUGACCGACUCACAACCGGAAGAGGAGACCCCUCCCGCCAUCGAGCCUCCCCUUGAGCCACGCCUGGAGGAGUUGACAGUGACCGGUGUGACGCCCCAUUCCGUGAGCCUUUCCUGGACGGUCCCUGAGGGACAGUUUGACUCCUUCGUGGUCCAGUACAGCGACAGCGAUGGGCGGCCCCAGGAGGUGCCCGUGGCAGCUGACCAGCGGGCCGUCACCGUCCUUGACUUGGAUCCUGCGAGGAGAUACAAGAUGAACGUGUAUGGGCUACAUGGCACUGGACGAGUCGGCCCCCUGUCCGUGUCAGCGGCCACAGACCGACUCCCGCCAACACCAGCUCCAGCCACCGAGGCCCCCACGCUGCCCCUGGAGCCACGCCUGGGGGAGCUGGCGGUGACAGACGUGAGCCCAGACUCCGUGGGACUCUCCUGGACGGUCCCUGAGGGCGGAUUCGACUCCUUCGUGGUCCAGUACAAGGACAGGGAUGGCCGGCCCCAGGUGGUGCCGGUGGCAGCCGACCAGCGGGAUGUCACCAUCCCCGGCCUGGAGCCCGCCCGCAAGUACAAGUUCCUGCUCUUUGGGAUCCAAGAUGGGAAGCGACGUAGUCAGGUCUCUGUGGAGGCCAAGACAGCCGCCCGAGACGAUGCCAGCCCAGCGGCCCCUCCCCGCCUUGGGGAGCUGUGGGUGACAGAUCCCACCACAGACUCCCUGCGCCUGUCCUGGACAGUCCCCGAGGGCCACUUUGACGCUUUCACGGUCCAGUUCAAGGACAAGCGUGGGCCCCAGGUCGUGUCAGUAGAGGGGCAAGAGCGCACAGCCACCAUCACAGCCCUGGACGCAGGCCGCAAGUACAGAUUCCUCCUCUACGGGCUUCUGGGGAAGAAGCGCUUCGGCCCCCUCACCGCAGAGGGCACCACAGAGCCCGCGAACACGGAGGAGCAUACUAGAGAAAAGCGCCCCCCAAGACCUCGACUAGGGGAGGAACUGCAGGUGACAGGCGUGACCCAGGACUCCGUGGACCUCUCCUGGACCGUCUCCGAGGGCCAGUUUGACUCCUUUGUGGUCCAGUACAGAGACAGGGACGGGCAGCCGCAGGUGCUCCCCGUGGAGAGCAGCCGGAGGGAGGUCAGAGUCUCUGGCCUGGACCCGGGCCGCAGGUACAAGCUGCUGCUGUACGGCCUCCGGGACAGCAAGCGCGUGGGCCCCCUGUCUGCCGUCGCCGUGACUGACCCCCAGGAAACAACAGAAGCAUGGACAGAGGUCCCCGAGACCACAAGGCCUGCAGCUGUGCCCCAGCUCGGGGAGCUGAGGGUGGAGGAGGCCACUCCUCACAGCCUGCAUGUCUCCUGGGUGCCUGAGGGAGAAUUUAACGCCUUUGAGGUCCAGUACACCGACAGGGACGGGCAGCUCAAAGUGGUCAGUGCAGACGGCGACCAGAGUGACGUCAUCCUCACGGGCCUAGAACCUGACCACAGAUACCUGGUGUCCCUGUACGGCUUCCAUGAGGGGCACCGCGUGGGCCCUGCGCAGACUGAGGCCCUGACGGUGCCUUGGGAAGAGGAGGAAGAAGAGCCCACAGAACCGCCCUCAGUGACUCCUGAGCCCACACCACAACUGGGAGAGCUGACCGUGACGGGCGCCACCCCAGACUCCCUGGGCCUCUCCUGGACCAUCCCCCAAGGACAGUUUGACCACUUCCUGAUCCAGUACAGGAACGGGGACGGGCAGCCCAAGGUGGUGCGGGUGCCAGGGCACGAGGACCAGGUGACCAUCCCCGGCCUGGAGCCAGACCACAAGUACAAGCUGAACCUGUAUGGCAUCCACAGUGGCCAGCGUGUGGGCCCCGUGUCUGCUGUUGGGGUGACAGCUGCAGAGGAAGAGGCCCCCAGCCCCACAGAGCCCAGCACCGAGGCCCCAGAGCCCCCCGAGGAGCCGCUUCUGGGAGAGCUGACCGUGACGGGCUCCUCCCCACGCUCCCUGAGCCUCUCCUGGACCGUCCCCCAGGGACACUUUGACUCCUUCACUGUCCAGUACAAGGACAGGGAUGGGCGGCCCCAGGUGGUGCGUGUCGGGGGCCGGGAGAGGGAGACGACCGUGACAGAGCUGGAGCCUGGACGCAAGUACAAGAUGAACCUGUACGGGCUCCACGGGGGUCAGCGCGCUGGCCCGGUGUCCGCCGUGGGCGUGACCGAUCUCAGAGACGAGCCUACUGAGGCCCCUUCUCCAAAGCCACACCUGGGAGAGCUGACCGUGACGGGCACCACCCCAGACUCCCUGGGCCUCUCCUGGACCGUCCCCCAGGGACAGUUUGACCACUUCCUGAUCCAGUACAGGAACGGGGACGGGCAGCCCAAGGUGGUGCGGGUGCCAGGGCACGAGGACCAGGUGACCAUCCCCGGCCUGGAGCCAGACCACAAGUACAAGCUGAACCUGUAUGGCAUCCACAGUGGCCAGCGUGUGGGCCCCGUGUCUGCUGUCGGGGUGACGGCUGCAGAGGAAGAGCCCCCCAGCCCCACAGAGCCCAGCACCGAGGCCCCAGAGCCCCCCGAGGAGCCGCUCCUGGGAGAGCUGACCGUGACAGGCGCCACCCCAGACUCCCUGGGCCUCUCCUGGACCGUCCCCCAGGGACAGUUUGACCACUUCCUGAUCCAGUACAGGAACGGGGACGGGCAGCCCAAGGUGGUGCGGGUGCCAGGGCACGAGGACCAGGUGACCAUCCCCGGCCUGGAGCCAGACCACAAGUACAAGCUGAACCUGUAUGGCAUCCACAGUGGCCAGCGUGUGGGCCCCGUGUCCGCUGUCGGGGUGACGGCUGCAGAGGAAGAGGCCCCCAGCCCCACAGAGCCCAGCACCGAGGCCCCAGAGCCCCCCGAGGAGCCGCUUCUGGGAGAGCUGACCGUGACGGGCUCCUCCCCACGCUCCCUGAGCCUCUCCUGGACCGUCCCCCAGGGACACUUUGACUCCUUCACUGUCCAGUACAAGGACAGGGAUGGGCGGCCCCAGGUGGUGCGUGUCGGGGGCCGGGAGAGGGAGACGACCGUGACAGAGCUGGAGCCUGGACGCAAGUACAAGAUGAACCUGUACGGGCUCCACGGGGGUCAGCGCGCGGGUCCUAUGUCCGCCGUAGGAGUGACCGAUCCAGAGCAGGGAGCUGUGACCACACAGGAGGCGCCCACCAUGACCUCUGAGCCUCCUCCAGAGAAGCCUCGCCUGGGAGAGCUGACCGUGACGGGCGCCACCCCAGACUCCCUGGGCCUCUCCUGGACCGUCCCCCAGGGACAGUUUGACCACUUCCUGAUCCAGUACAGGAACGGGGACGGGCAGCCCAAGGUGGUGCGGGUGCCAGGGCACGAGGACCAGGUGACCAUCCCCGGCCUGGAGCCAGACCACAAGUACAAGCUGAACCUGUAUGGCAUCCACAGUGGCCAGCGUGUGGGCCCCGUGUCCGCUGUCGGGGUGACGGCUGCAGAGGAAGAGGCCCCCAGCCCCACAGAGCCCAGCACCGAGGCCCCAGAGCCCCCCGAGGAGCCGCUCCUGGGAGAGCUGACCGUGACGGGCUCCUCCCCACGCUCCCUGAGCCUCUCCUGGACCGUCCCCCAGGGACACUUUGACUCCUUCACUGUCCAGUACAAGGACAGGGAUGGGCGGCCCCAGGUGGUGCGUGUCGGGGGCCGGGAGAGGGAGACGACCGUGACAGAGCUGGAGCCUGGACGCAAGUACAAGAUGAACCUGUACGGGCUCCACGGGGGUCAGCGCGCGGGCCCCGUGUCUGCCGUGGGCGUAACUGAUCCAGAGCAGGAAGUUGUGACCACACAGGAGGCGCCCACCAUGACCUCUGAGCCUCCUCCAGAGAAGCCGCUCCUGGGAGAGCUGACCGUGACGGGCGCCACCCCAGACUCCCUGGGCCUCUCCUGGACCGUCCCCCAGGGACAGUUUGACCACUUCCUGAUCCAGUACAGGAACGGGGACGGGCAGCCCAAGGUGGUGCGGGUGCCAGGGCACGAGGACCAGGUGACCAUCCCCGGCCUGGAGCCAGACCACAAGUACAAGCUGAACCUGUAUGGCAUCCACAGUGGCCAGCGUGUGGGCCCCGUGUCCGCUGUUGGGGUGACGGCUGCAGAGGAAGAGGCCCCCAGCCCCACAGAGCCCAGCACCGAGGCCCCAGAGCCGCCCGAGGAGCCGCUCCUGGGAGAGCUGACCGUGACGGGCUCCUCCCCACGCUCCCUGAGCCUCUCCUGGACUGUCCCCCAGGGACACUUUGACUCCUUCACUGUCCAGUACAAGGACAGCGAUGGGCGGCCCCAGGUGGUGCGUGUCGGGGGCCGGGAGAGGGAGACGACCGUGACAGAGCUGGAGCCUGGACGCAAGUACAAGAUGAACCUGUACGGGUUCCACGGGGGUCAGCGCUCGGGCCCCGUGUCCGCCGUGGGCGUAACUGAUCCAGAGCAGGGAGCUGUGACCACACAGGAGGCGCCCACCAUGACCUCUGAGCCUCCUCCAGAGAAGCCGCUCCUGGGAGAGCUGACCGUGACGGGCGCCACCCCAGACUCCCUGGACCUCUCCUGGACCGUCCCCCAGGGACAGUUUGACCACUUCCUGAUCCAGUACAGGAACGGGGACGGGCAGCCCAAGGUGGUGCGGGUGCCAGGGCACGAGGACCAGGUGACCAUCCCCGGCCUGGAGCCAGACCACAAGUACAAGCUGAACCUGUAUGGCAUCCACAGUGGCCAGCGUGUGGGCCCCGUGUCUGCUGUCGGGGUGACGGCUGCAGAGGAAGAGCCCCCCAGCCCCACAGAGCCCAGCACCGAGGCCCCAGAGCCCCCCGAGGAGCCGCUCCUGGGAGAGCUGACCGUGACGGGCGCCACCCCAGACUCCCUGGGCCUCUCCUGGACCGUCCCCCAGGGACAGUUUGACCACUUCCUGAUCCAGUACAGGAACGGGGACGGGCAGCCCAAGGUGGUGCGGGUGCCAGGGCACGAGGACCAGGUGACCAUCCCCGGCCUGGAGCCAGACCACAAGUACAAGCUGAACCUGUAUGGCAUCCACAGUGGCCAGCGUGUGGGCCCCGUGUCCGCUGUCGGGGUGACGGCUGCAGAGGAAGAGGCCCCCAGCCCCACAGAGCCCAGCACCGAGGCCCCAGAGCCCCCCGAGGAGCCGCUCCUGGGAGAGCUGACCGUGACGGGCUCCUCCCCACGCUCCCUGAGCCUCUCCUGGACCGUCUCCCAGGGACACUUUGACUCCUUCACUGUCCAGUACAAGGACAGCGAUGGGCGGCCCCAGGUGGUGCGUGUCGGGGGCCGGGAGAGGGAGACGACCGUGACAGAGCUGGAGCCUGGACGCAAGUACAAGAUGAACCUGUACGGGCUCCUCGGAGGUCAGCGCGCGGGCCCCGUGUCUGCCGUGGGAGUGACCGCCUCUCUGACCACAGAGCCCCAGGCGGAGCCCCGCCUCGGGGAGCUGGCCGUGGUGGAGGUGACUUCCAGUACGGCGCGCCUGGCCUGGACUGUGGCCCAGGGCCCCUUCGACUCCUUCCUGGUCCAGUACAGGGAUGCCCAGGGGCAGCCUCAGACCGUGCCGGUGAGCGGAGACCUGGGGGAGGUCACCGUCUCAGGCCUGGACCCCGCCCGCAAGUACAAGUUUCUGCUGUUCGGAUUCCGGGAGGGGAAGCGCCACGGCCCCGUCUCUGCCGAUGCCAAGACUGACACAAAGCUCCUUCCCCGGCUUGGGGAGCUGACGGUGACAGGCGCCACCCAGAACUCUGUGGGACUCUCCUGGACGGUCCCUGAGGGUGAAUUCGACUCCUUCGUGGUCCAGUACAAGGACAGGGGAGGGCAGCUCCAGGUGGUGUCCGUGGCAGCCGACCAGCGGGACGUCACCAUCCCAGGCCUGGAGCCCAACAGAAAAUACAAGUUUCUGCUCUUCGGCCAGGCAGGCCGCAAACGACUGGGCCCUGCCUUGGUGGAGGGCACCACAGCUCCCCUGGAGAAGCCGCCUCAGCCUCGCCUCGGGGAGUUGGAAGUGUCAGGAGAGCGCUCCGACGCCCUGCGCCUCUCCUGGACUGUGGCCCAGGGCCCCUUUGACUCCUUCCUAGUCCAGUACAGAGACAGGGAUGGGCAGCUCCAGACAGUGUCCGUGGCUGCGGACCAGCAGGAAGCCAUCAUAGAGGGCCUGCAGCCAGGCAGGAAGUACAAGUUCCUGCUCUUCGGGUUCACUGGAGGAAAGCAGCUGGGACCUGUCUCUGCCCUGGGAGUGACAGCCCCAGAAGAGAAGGCACCAGCCCCAGACCCCUCUGAGGCCCCUGAAGCACCCCACCUGGGAGUGCUGGCGGUGACGGAGGCGACCCCAGACUCCCUGCGCCUCUCCUGGGCUGUGGCCCGUGGCCCCUUCGACUCCUUCGUGGUCCAGUACCAGGACACAGAGGGGCAGACCCAGGCCCUGCUUGUCGAUGGAGACCAGAAUAAGGUCCACAUCACGGGGCUGGAACCCAAGACCUCCUACCAGUUCUUCCUGUACGGCCUCCGAGAAGGGACGCGCUACGGCCCCGUCUCGGCAGAGGGCACCACAGAUACGGCUCCUGCAGGCCAGGCCUCAGGGGACCCCGGGACGCGCCUGUCCAACCUAUCAGUUACGGAUGUGACCACCAGUUCUAUGCGGCUAAACUGGGAAGCCCCGCUUGGGGCCUUUGACUCCUUCCUGCUGCGCUUUGGGGUCCCCUCCCCAAGCCUCCUGGAGCCGCGCCCUCGCCCUCUGCUCCAGCGAGAGCUGAUGGUGCCGGGGACCAGGCGCUCGGCGGUGCUGCGGGACCUGCGCUCCGGGACCCUGUACAGCCUCACCCUGUAUGGGCUGCGCGGGCCGCACAAGGCCGACAGCAUCCAGAGCACUGCCCGCACCCUCAGCCCAGUUCUGGAGAGCCCCCGAGACCUGCAAUUCAGCGAAAUCGGGGAGACGUCGGCCAGAGCCACGUGGGUGCCGCCUUCGUCCAGGGUGGACAGCUUCAAAGUUUCCUACCAGCUAGCAGACGGAGGAGAGCCACAGAGCGUGCUGGUGGAUGGCCGGACCCAGACCCUGACCCUCCAGGGGCUGACCCCAGACACUCGCUAUGAGGUGACGGUGGUCUCCGUCCGCGGCUUUGAGGAGAGUGAGCCUCUCACAGGCUUCCUCACGACGGUUCCUGACGGCCCCACCCAGCUGCGUGCGUUAAACUUGACCGACGGGUCCGCCCUUCUACACUGGAAACCCCCCCAGAACCCUGUGGACAAGUACAACGUCCAGGUCGCAUCCCCUGGGGCCCCACCCCUGCAGGCCUCCGCACCUGGCAGCGCUGUGGACUACCCUCUGACGGACCUGGCCCUCGACACCAACUACACAGCCACCGUGCGUGGCCUCCGGGGUCCUAACUUCACCUCCCCAGCGAGCAUCACCUUCACCACAGGACUGAAGCCCCCCCAGGACUUGUCAGCCAGGGAGGUGACUCCUCGGACAGCCCUGCUCACUUGGACGGAGCCCGAAGUCCCCCCGACAGGCUACCUGCUCAGCUUUGACAGCCCCGGGGGGCAGAUCCAGGAAAUCCUGCUUCCAGCAGGAACCACCUCGCACCGGCUCCUCCGCCUCCUCCCCUCCACCUUCUACAGUGCCCAGCUCCGGGCAAUUUGGGGCGAGAGCCUCACACCUCCUGUGUCCACUUCCUUUACCACUGGUGGGCUGCGGAUCCCCUUCCCCCGGGACUGCGGGGAGGAGAUGCAGAACGGAGCCAGCGCCUCAAAGACCACCACCAUCUUCCUCAACGGCAACCGCGAGCGGCCUCUGGACGUGUUCUGUGACAUGGAGACGGACGGGGGCGGCUGGCUGGUGUUCCAGCGCCGCAUGGACGGACGGACAGACUUCUGGAGAGACUGGGAGGAGUAUGCCCACGGUUUUGGAAACAUCUCCGGGGAAUUCUGGCUGGGCAACGAGGCCCUGCACAGCCUGACGCAGGCCGGAGACUACUCCAUGCGCGUGGACCUGCGGGCCGGAGCCGAGGCCGUGUUCGCCCAGUACGACCUCUUCCAGGUCGACUCUGCGGCCGAGAACUACCGCCUCCACCUGGAGGGCUACCACGGCACUGCGGGCGACUCCAUGAGCUACCACAGCGGCAGCGUCUUUUCCGCUCGUGACCGAGACCCCAACAACUUGCUCAUCUCCUGCGCUGUCUCCUAUCGCGGGGCUUGGUGGUACAGGAACUGUCACUAUGCCAACCUCAACGGGCUCUACGGGAGCACAGUGGACCACCAGGGAGUGAGCUGGUACCACUGGAAAGGCUUCGAGUUCUCGGUGCCCUUCACGGAAAUGAAGCUGAGACCCAGGAACUUCCAGAACCCCACCAGAGGCAGCUGAGCCUGCUGCCCACCUCACUCACACCCCGAGCACUGAGGGUUUGUGCCCGGAGAAGAGCCAGUGCGCCUCUACUGUGCCCAGCUCGGCUACUGUGCCCGAGGAGCCUUCUCCGCCACAGACUCACAGCACCAUGUUUACAGGGGGGAGGGGAGGGGGAUGGAGCAAUAAAGGAGAAACUGAGGCA